GUGCUGGAACGCCAGUUGAAUUAAAACCCUGAGUAGCGCGAGAAGCUACAGAAGAGGAUACCGAUUGUAUUAUUCGAACGGAUAUCAAAUCUCCGCAGUUACCGGAACACUACAGCAGACUUAUCUACACAGGAUCACUUCGGGUUGUUGCGAAAAUUAUUUUCAAGAUCAUCAAUCCAGAAAACUUCACGAAUUUAUUUAAUACAUUCCGAUACUCGCGAUUUUAACCGAUCGACGAACUUACAACCAGUCAAAGACCUUAAACUACAUUUUCAAACUACCGCCAAGUUACUUCAGAAAUAUCAUAGAAACAUGUACGGAUUGAGCGCUGAACACAACGUUGUCCCCGACCCAUCGGUCUAUGCUCAAGAGCUGCUUCCAGAUGACCAAUCGCUUUUCGAUUCUUCAUUCAACGAUCCCUACAAGCCGCUGAAACCAACGCACAAAAGCGAUGGGAAUUACUUCAGCAAGAAGCGGCCUCUUGAAGCCGAACUCGAGGAACCACUCGCGAAGAGACCCUACGUCCCGAGCAAUGAUUUCGUCGAGAGAAACUCGCCCUCCCCUGUCCCACAAAAUCUUUCGCACGAGAAACGAGUCAUCGUUCCAGCUGAUCCUUUGUGCUGGACCAAGGAACAUGUUCGCCAGUGGAUUCAAUGGGCAAUCAAGGAAUUUAGCCUCAAAGAUAUCGACGCCGACCGAUUUGACAUGGACGGAAAACAACUUUGCAAGCUGACCAGAGAAGGCUUUAUGAAACUCGCCCCAGCUUACAAUGGAGACAUCCUCAUGGCCCAUUUGUGUGUUCUACGAAAAACUCCCCUCCCAAAUCUCACGUCUGAUGACAUCGACAGCGCACUCGCUCCCGCCUCAACCCAAGCGACUUAUCACACUCCCUCGCCGCCUCUGUUUGAUUCAAGACAACACCCUGUUAUCACAAGUAAUCCAUCAGUGGUUCCCAGGAGCUCAGAACAUGGUCUUCAGGGGCGAUUCAAUUCAAAUGAAUCCUUAGAGAGAAGCCAAGCUUCAUGGACGGCUCCAUCUUCAACUGCAAGACUGUCGCACAUGAAAGACAGUGUUGUCCCAUCGAGACCAAUGUCUGUUCCCGAGUCCCAGGCUCUCCCGAGCUCUUUCUCCAGUGGCAACAUUGCCAACCGCCCUGAGCCCUCAAGCACAGGCAGCGGACAGAUCCAACUGUGGCAGUUCCUCCUCGAGCUCUUAUCUGACCCCAAGAACUCGACUUGCAUCGCUUGGGAAGGCGCCAACGGCGAAUUCAAACUCGUGGAUCCCGACGAAGUCGCCCGAAAGUGGGGCGAGCGCAAGAACAAGCCCAACAUGAACUACGACAAGCUUAGCCGAGCUCUGCGAUACUAUUACGACAAGAACAUCAUGACCAAAAUCCACGGCAAGAGAUACGCCUAUAAAUUUGACUUCCAAGGACUCGCCCAGCUUAAUCAACCAAUCACGUCCGACGCUCAGGCGCAUGCUCAAGCCGCUUACAAGUUCCCAGGCUCUGAUUUCUAUGCCGGUUUUCCCGCUGCUUCCUCCCUGUUUCCACAUCCAGCCGCCAACAGCUGUUACCCAAUGUCCUAUUGGGCGCGAGCCCCACCAGCCUACCCCCAGUCAAGACAGAUGUAUGGACAUCCCCUGGGAGCAGGAAUGACGUACUACGCAUAGACAUUGUACAAAAUAUACGCGAAAAACAACAUAAAAAAAGAACUUUAUAAAUAAAUUGACUUCCUCUGCUGUUGAAUUAGCAGAAACAUAAGGCGCUCCUAAGAGGAAUUAUUUUUAACCAAAGUUCUAUUUAUUUAGAAAAAAAAAAAAGGAAAAUACAGAAGCUUGUAAUUCGUUUCUGAACGCGAAUAUUUUCUAAACAACCUUUAGGGAUUCGCUCUCUAUUUUUAACACAAACGUGAAAAAUCUUUAUAGACAAUUUUUUCGGAGAAGCUUUUCUGUUGUUGUUGCCGAUUUAAGAGUUGAAACAUGGUUUUGUUACAAAGACUGCUUUCCAAAAACACCUUUUAAAACGUUACCAGACGGUUUCUCUGUACAGUUACUGUAAAUAACGAAUUAGAGGUCUUUUAGGUACUUUUCUAGUUAGUACAUUACAUUUUCGUUGAUGUUGAAGGCAGCGACUGUAUAUUUUAAGAGAUGCAAACUGCAUAAAAUAUUUAUGACACAAGAAACGUCUUAUAAAUAAUAUUGUAUAUUUGCUUAUGCGGAGAUCUUUAUCAAUUGUGAAAGAAAACGAAAUAGAUAAUUUAUAAUAUUUUUUACAAUUUUGUACGCGACUUUUUAAUGUCGCAUAAUUUGGUGAGAAAAACCGACAUCAUUGGAUGUAAAUAAAAGAAAUAUAUGUUUCAACAUUAA